UUUCCAGGCCUUCGCGCCGCGCAGCCGGUCCUUUUAUCCCGCCCCUCUACGUUCUUUGCAUCGCAGCACGCCGAUUGGCUGCGCGCGAGAGAGCUAGCCAAUCCCGAGUAUCCUUGGCUUCGUCUGGCGCGGUGAGGACCGUGCGGGUUCAGGAGAGGUUGGCGAAGUGACGCCAAGGGCUCGUGGAAGUGGAUUUGUUUUUGCCGCCUUCUUCUUUUCGCCCUUCCCUUUCGCGGCAUGUGGAACGCUGGCUUUAGCAGUGGAUUUGGUGGCUCUUCAAUGGGUGGUGGAUAUACAGAUUCACCAGGAGGAUUUGGAUCUCCGUCAGCAACCCAGGGGGAAAAGAAAUCGAGGUCAAGAUCGCAGAACCUUGUCCCAUGUACAGUGUCUCAGUUACUUUCUGCUGAGCAGGUAGAAGAAACAUUUAAGAUUCGAGGCGUUGAGAUUUCACAGGUCGUUAUCGUGGGUAUAAUCAGGCAAGCAGAAAAGGCGCCUACAAACAUUCUCUACAAAGUGGAUGAUAUGACUGCAGCACCAAUGGAUGUCAGACAGUGGGUCGACACAGAUGAAGCAGGGGAUGAGAACAUAGUCGUGCCACCUGGGACGUAUGUAAAAGUGGUUGGUCAUCUACGAUCCUUCCAGAACAAGAAGAGCCUGGUUGCCUUCAAGCUCAUGCCGCUGGAGGAUAUGAAUGUGUUGACGACACACAUGCUUGAAGUUGUCAAUGCACACAUGAGCUUGAGAAAAGAAAGCCUUCAGUCAGCGUCAACAUCUAUGAUGGCAUCUCGGUCGUUCGCUUCUUCAGGGAUGGGCAACAUGACUAGCUUUGGAGGAAGCGUAGCCAUGCCAGUGGGUGGACUUUCAUCACACCAGAGUCAGGUUCUGAACUUGAUCAAAAGCUCCGUGUCUACUGAGGGAAUAAGUCUUAAGGAACUGAAGUCUCAGUUGCAUAAUAUGAACGUGGCUACCAUCAAGAAAGCCGUUGAGUUUCUCAGCAGUGAAGGACAUAUCUACUCCACUAUUGACGACGACCAUUUUAAAUCGACAGAUGCUGAAUAAGGGCAACUUGGGAAGGUGACUCUUUUGAGCUGAGUGGACUUUGCACUGAGCAACUGUUGGUGUAUACAGUGCCUCCCAGUAGUGCACAUCUGUGAAGAGGGGAUUUGUAAUUUUGAAAGUGACGCUUCAUUUAUCACUCAGCUAGGCUGAGCUCCUUAAGUGCAUACAUACAAAUAGCUGAAAUAUGCAAUCCUAAGUACCAUUGUAAGCUGGUUGACUUUAAUAGAUUUUGGAAGAUACAGCUCUACUUAGGAUUGGUACAUUGUACAUCCAUCCCAAGGGUCUCAGAAGGUGUUCACAUGAAGCAUCUGUAAGCUUCCAAGGUUUCUGCCCUAAAUACAUAUAUAUAUGUGUUGUAUAAACAUGAUUCUGGAAGGGCAGCCUCUGCUGUAUUGAAUCAGUUGCCAUGAUUUAGAAGUGGCACUCAGCACUAAAAAGUAUUCUGUCCUCUGUACUUUUGCUACAGAUGUGCCAUAUUUUUGAUAGCCUAAUAAAACUUAUUUUUUUCAAUUUCA